AUGACGACACGGGUUACGUUUGUUUGGUUCGCCUUUGUUUGGCUCAUCCUCUGUGUUGUCUUCCAGAGCUGCUCUGGCGAAGUAAACGCGGGAGAUAAAAACGAAAUUUCGCACAAAAAUGAAAAAAAUGAGGAGGUUCACCAACCCGGGGACAGAAAAAUACGCAAAUACAACUUUGGCUCUUUGAAAAAAAAACUUCACAUAGAAAGCAAAGAGCAGGGGGAUGAGGAACGGGGAGCUGAGUCAAAUGACCAAAAGGAGGAUAAUCAAAAUGAGGGAGAGGCAGCAGUUUCCACGGCGAAAACGAAUGCAGGGCAGGAAAAACUUUCUCCACAAGACGCAUAUGCAACGUGCAUCGGUAUGAUCGAAAAGGAGUUUAAAGGGGAGGCGGAUGCAAAAAUUAAGGAGCAGUUGGAAAAUGUGUGUACAAAAAAGCGGGAACAGGAUGAGGCGGAAAAAGCUGCACUCGAGGCAAACGACGUUAAGUCGAAGCUAAACGAAAAGGCGCCACUCAAGUUGCGCACGCAUGACGGCGGCAUGGACAACGACAGCACGGAGCACGACAGCAAGAGGUACAUAAUUUCCCAACUGGGACUCUCCACGAAACUGGACGUGCCACUUGACGUCUUGAAGGAAUCCCUGUCGGAGGUAAAGAACUGCGUAAGGGAUUACACACAAAAGUGCCCACUGAACUGGCAGGUCACCGACACGAAUGAAAUGCUGUGCGUAGCCCCAGAGUCGUACAUAGGUCCAUGUGCAAAACAAAUAAAAAACGACCUAGACGCAGAUGAAAAGGUCCUAAUGGAAAAGAAGUGUUCUAUAUUUUGGAAGUGCGAUUAUAAGUGUAUACAAGACUUUGAAGAUUCCGUGUGUCCCAUUGAUUGGGUUAUGCAGAAGGAAGAUCAGUAUGGUUAUUGUGUAUCCCCAGAAGGCUACACAGGAAAAUGCACACGAAAAAUAAAAUUCAGUACUAUGACCAGUAAGGAGAAAGUUAUUUACUCCAACUUGUGCGAUCUCAGAUGGCCAUGUAAAAAAAAUUGCACUCAUGAUUACUCCGUUUUGUGUCCAUCCGGAUGGAUCGAAGGCGCAGAUGGAUACUGCCUCGCAACUAGUAGCUAUACUGGAAAUUGUGAAAAAAAAAUUUACCUAAAGCACCUCGAUGAAGUGAUGAAACAGACUUACGAACAUAAAUGCCAAUUCAAUUACCCAUGUGUUCACUCAUGCGAAAAGAAUUACAAUGACGUGUGUCCAAAUUUGUGGAUCCCUGUGAACGAGAAGGAAUGCACCCCCUCUGAAAACUACAACGGUAGGUGCAAGCAUAAUUAUAUUUUCAAAGGCAAAAUUACGGAAGAGGAAAAAAAAAACUUCGAAAAAAUGUGCCAUGUGUCCUACCCCUGUGUUAAGGAUUGUAAAAGAGAUUACUCCUUUAACUGUCCCAUUGGAUGGAAAGAAACGCUGAGCUUUUGUCUGGCUCCCACGUCGUACCGAUACAGUUGUGAAAAAAUGAUGAAGAACAAUAUGACCGAGAGGGAAAAAAUACAAAUUAGCGCCAAGUGCCUCGUCUUCUGGCCCUGCUCCAACUACGAAGUUAUCCUCAAAAACCUCCUGCACAGCAACAUCUCCUCGGCGGAUUACAUGUCCGUGGUCAAUGGGCCCGUAAACGACGCCACCGGCGAGGUUGUGCAGCAAAGCGGUUGA